AAUGGAACCUAGUUUGAAGAAGUCACAUUAUAAAUAAGUUAUCAGAAGAAAUGAGAAAAUAUUUAUCAAAUUACAAAAAAUGAAUUUUACAUAUUAAAAUUUUGUUCAUGUACUUUCAAUCUAAACAAAAACAAAAAUGGGAGUCAUUAAAAUGCUUAUGAUUAUUGAGUUUGUUCAAAAUGUUGCAUUGUGUUUUCCAAAACAUGGGUGGCAGUAACUAAAAUAUGAAGAUGAAAUGUUAAAUAGCAUUCAAUAAUUAACUAAUUAUUCACUUUUUUUAAAUAGAAAUCACAUUGAAUACUAAUUAGAACUUUUCAUUAUCUUGCUUUCAUUAAUCUAUUUUAUUAUGCUAAUCUUAUACUUUUAUAUCCCAAAACAACAAAAAAUUUCUUAAUUAAUAAGCAUAACCUUAAAUAUUUUCUAAAAGAUUUUUAGGAUUCCACUUAUUGUUAUUUAUAUUGAAUUUAUCAAUCAACAUCAAUCUAACUUUUUAGAAGUUACUAUAACUCUUUUUAUUUUUGCUAUAUUUUUAAUUUUUUUAAUUGCAUCAACCUAUUUUUAAAGAGACAUAGCAAUUAACUUUAGUUAACUUUAUUUUCCUCUUAAUCAAUUUUUUACACCAUAUAUAUUUGCUAUUUAUGCAUUAGAUUUAAUAAGAAUUCUUAUAUUCGUAAUUAUGAAUAACUAAACAGGUUUUGUUUUAUUUUAUAUAUUAUCUUUAAUCACUUAAAUUAUUGCUCAAUAUCAUAAUACUUUUUAAUAAAAUGAUCCAGAGAAAUUUAAUUAAGGUCUGAUUUUUUGUAAUUUAAUCAUUUCAGUAUUUCUAUUAUUAGGAUUAGGUACUAAAAUGAAUGAAUUUUUAAUAUUCAAUCUUUUACUUUACUCAAUUACAUUAAUAUUUUAUUUAUCUACUCAAAUUGAUUUAUUUUAAUUUCUAAAAUCAAAUAACCUUGUUCAUGUUAUAAAGAGUAAAUUUAAAUUAAAUUUUAAUCCCCUAUUUUUAAAAUGUUCUGUUUAAUAUAAAUAGGAUAAUAUGAUUUAUCUGAAUUUUAUAAAAUAAAUAAUCGAAAAUGAAAUAAAACACAAUCAUUAUUUUUUAAAUGAGAGUAAUGUUUUAAUAUUAUUUGACUAUUUAACCAAAAAUUAGUAAAGUUACUUUUAAGCCUUAUUUAUCCUAAAUAAAUUUGAAUGCUCAUAAAAUCAAUUAUCAUUAUUUUAUAAGAUCUAUAGUUAAUUGUUUAAGACUUCAAUUUAAUUUGAUAUUAUGUAAAUUAACAAAUCAGCUUUAAUGAUAUAAUAAUUAAAUCGAGAUCUCUUGAUUGAAAUAGAAUACUAAAGAAGAUUCUCUGAAAUUCUAACUAAAUAAAUAGAUUUGUUUAAUAAUUUAAUUCAAGGAAGCAAAAGUUUUGAAGAAACAGAAAAUAAAAUAAUAUAAAUUUCAAAAUCUAUUCAAAAUACUGAAAAUUGGCUUAUUAAAAAUAAUAUCCUAGAUAAUCGUACAAAUGUUAUCUAUCUAAAAAUUUUAAUUAAUUUUCAUUCUGUGGUUAUGUAAAAUUAUGUAUAAGUAUUUUUUGAAUAUUAUAUUUAGGCUCUAAAACUAAAGAAAUUAAUUAAGAAAAUAUUGGAAAAUGAUCAUAAGACAUUAGAAGCCAUAUAAAUUAUGAAAAGUAAAGCCAUAGUGCUUACUGUGAGUAUGAUUAGAUAGAAAGGCUUGAUUUUAAAUAAAAAUAAAAAAUCUAUGCUAUAAUUUUUUGGAUAUAAUAUGGAUUUUAAGUUAGAAUUUUUGGAGUAAUUAAUGCCUGAAGCAAUAUAACCAUUACAUAAUUAAUUUAUUGAAAGAUUUCUUUAAAGAAACUAAUUGAAAACUAAUUAUUUAUAGAAUUCUCUUGAAAUUCUCUAAUAAUAAGAGAACGGUAAAAUAUAAUGUUUAGAAGUUACUUUUACUGUAAGCAAUGAUAAGUCAGAUUUUAUAUUAAUAUCGCUUUUGAAAAAAGUAAAUUAAGAUAAAGGUUAUAUAAUAUUUGAUCGUUCUGGGAAAAUUACUAGCAUGAAUGAUUAUUUAGAGUAAUUUAAUGACUUCUAUUCCUAAAUGAAGUAAUACAAUUAUAUUUAAUACUUUUCUACGGAUUUGUUUUAUAUUAUCAAUAAUAAUGAGUUUCUUAAUGAAAAAGAAAUUAAUUUUUUUUAAAGGUAGAAUAUAUAUAAAAUUGAUAAAUAGUAUAAAGGUUACAUUUAAUAAUUGAUUAAACAAAAUAAUCAAAUGAAUUCUUCAAAUAUUGAUUAUAUGAUUUGUUCAGAUAGAUCAGAAAAACAUUAAUUAUUAAGUUAGAAAAAUUGUUAUUAAAAUCAAGAUACGUAUUAAUUUGAUUUUUUGGAACCUUAAUUAUAAGAAAAAAUAUCUUAGAUUGUUAAUUUAAAUAUUGUAAUAUAUAAAAUUUAUUUUAUAGACAGAAAAUGAUAUUACUUUGAAAUUUAAAGUAAAGCUAUCGAAAAUUGAAUUGAAAGGGCAAAUAAUUUAAUUUUAAUUAGAAUUGAUUCCAUCUGAGACAAAGGUAGAAAAUGAAUAGUUAGAAAAUAUUAAUGAUGAUAUUCUAUAAAUAGAAAAUAUUAAAGCCAAAUCAUUAAAUGAUGUUAGCAUAGUGAGUUCAGAAUAAAAAGGUUAAUUUAUUUUACAUGAUAUAUUACUCAAAUAAUCAAGUAGCUAACCUUUUAUUUAAAUUUAUUUUUAUAAAGCAAUAUUGAUGAUUUUGGUAAUAGCAUUUUUGAUAAUACAAAUUAAUUAGAUAGGAAUAGAUUUUAAUACAAAAUUAAAAUACACAGAGUAUAUACGAGCUCCUUUGUUACUCAAUAGAUUUUACAAUAGGGCUUUCCAUUAUGGAUUUAACCAGUUAGUUUAUGAAAACUUAAAUUAAUCUGAGUAUUUUUAAAUUUCUUUUUCCAAAGAGAAGGAAUUAAAUUUAAGAGAUCUUAGAUAAGAAUUCUAAAUUUUAUAUUUAAAAUUAGUAAAUAUUGAUGAAGAAUAAAAUUCACCUGAAUAUAAUUUAACAUUACUUAAGAAUUAAAUUACUUUUGAUUGUUAUUCAACUUUUUCAAUAGCUUUAAGAGAAAAUGUAAUUUCUUUAUUAUCAUAUUAAAAAGAUAACAUAUAAUAUUUAAAAUCAUUAUUAUUUUUCAGGAUAAACAUGAUAUAAGCAUAUAAUACAACUAUUUAUUUGAUUGAAAAAUUUACUUUGAUUUUAAAUGAGUAUUCUUAAAACUUUAUGAUGUUCUGGUAAAUUGUUCUAAUCUUAUAAAUAAUAUUAUAUUGUGCACCUUUUAUAAUAAAUAUAAGAAAUUGGUAUUAUUUUGAAAAAAGGCAUAAAUAUUUAAUAUAAAUAAUGUCUAGAAUUAAUGAAGAUCAAGCAACUCGAUUAAUAGAGAUUAAAUAGUAGUUUAUAUAAUAUUCAGAGAUAGAAAAAUAAUAAAUUAAUAUGAAUUAAUCAUAUUAUACUUGUAAAUCUCCUUUAAGAUUAGUACAUUCAACUAUAAAUUAAUCUUAUCAAAAUCUCCGAUCAAGAGAUACUUAAUUGUUAUAUGAAAGAAUAUAAAAUAAAUCAAUAAGUAUAACAAUGAAAUUAGGUUCUGCCUUAUUUUGUUAUAUCACUUUAGUUUCAUUAGCUUCUUUUGGAUAUGCUUAAGUAGAAUCAAGUGAUACAUAAUAUAUACCAAUAGAAAACUUAAUUAAAACUUAUGUUAAAUUUUAGGUUCAGUUGGGCUUUUUGCUAUCAUUUGCAACUACUUUAAAAGGUUAACACUUUUUUGUUGAAUAAUUAGCCAAAAUUAAUGACCCUGAAAUUGGUGAUUCUAAAUUAUAUUUUGAAAAUGAUCAAGUUCCAAAAUAUUUUUAAAAUAUCUCUUAAACUUAUUAAAAAAAAAUAAUAUCAAUAUUUUCUUCAAUAGUAUUAAGUGAUUAAAUUGAUGAAAUAGAUAAAUCUGAAUUAUAUAAUCUCUAUAAAGGAGAUUUCUGUGAUUAUUUAAAAGAUGUUUUACCUUUUUGUAACACUACAAUCACUUCUAAUCAAUUCUAGAUGAUUUAUGGUUAGUUUUACCCUUAUGAGAACAAUUCAGAAAUUUUAAGAAAAGGUAUCAUAGGAUACAUAAGCAAUUUAGAUUCAUUAAUUAAAAAUGAUUUUGAGGUAGAAAUUUAAUAAGGAAUCUAUUAAAAGAUUAUUUCAAAAGAUAUAUAUUAUUAUAAAGAGUAUAAUAAUCUUGUAGUUUAGUAUUAUUUUAAUAUUUCAGAUGGAUUUGAAUUAUUUUAUGAGAAGAUUGAUAAUAUAUCAUAAAAUCUUAUAAAAAAAUAGAAAAAUAAUUUAUUCAUAUACUUUUAUACAUUUGGAUUAACAUUUUUGCUUAUGUUUUUAAUAAUUACAAUAUUAUAAAUCAUUUACUCAUAAAGAAGAUAUAAAAAUUGUAUUUUAGGAUUGGUUACAUUAACUGAAGAUUUAUUGAAUGACAAAACAAAUCUUAGUCUAUUAAAGAGAUUGAGUAAAUGA